UGGUGUCAUUUUCUGAAUUCUAUGUAUUCAAAAUUUAACAUUUGUAAAGUAUGAUUUCUAGAAUAUGUCUGAACUUGCUAAAUAGUGAAAUAUCGAACAGAUUCUUUUAAUGAAUUGUAUUACAUUUCGGUUUUGAAUAUAUAUAUAUAAAAACUAUCGAAAUAUGAGGAGGAAGAAGACCAUAGAAGUCUUUCAGAAAAUAUUACCUAGUGAAUUUCAGCUGCUCUAAAAAAAAAAUAGUUUAGGUGUAAAAAUUUGAUUGGAAGGUGAUGCCAUGUAAUCAUGAUGACGUGGCAUGACUGGGAAGAUUGAAACUGAAGUCGCCUCCGACUCUGCUACGAAUCCUAUUAGGAAGCGGAAAACAGGGUCCCUGAUAGUCUCGUACUAUAUCAUCAUCUCCCCUCUAAACCUAUAUAUAUACCCCCUUCAUUCUCCAUCACCCUUAUUUCUAUUUCUCGGGUUUCCUCUCUACAUUCGCUCUCAAUUUUCUAGGGUUUCUUUCUGCUCCAAUCUCCUUCGACUUCUUCGUCUCUGUUUGUAGGGCUCCUCCUCAAUUUAACUAGGUCUCAACAAGAUUUUGGGAUUCAAUUCUCAAUUUGGCAAUCCAAGUUAUGCAGAUAUGGCCGGUCAGUCUCCGAUAAGUUCAAGAAGCUCCCUCGCCAACCGGAAUAUGGAAUUCGAUUGGUACUCCGUCGCCUGUGAAGCCUUUUCCGAACACCACUGCCGGUUUCCGAUCGCCGUUUCUUGAAGAUUUUCCCGCCGUGGUUUCGUUUUCUUGAAGACCAAGAAAGAAAGAAAGAUUGUUGAAAGAUUAAUGGAGAGGACCGAAUCUGAUACGAGUGAGUGUGACUACGACGAGUUUGUGGAGCAAGACCCGGCCGGGAGGUACUUCCGGUACGACGACGUUUUGGGGAGGGGGGCGUUCAAGACUGUGUACAAGGCUUUUGAUGAGGAAGAAGGGAUUGAAGUGGCGUGGAGCAAAGUCAAGACUGAGGACGAGGCUGAGCUUCAGAGAUUGUUUUCGGAGGUUAAUCUGCUCAAGUCUUUGAAGCAUGAGAACAUCAUCAAGCUUUUUAGCUGGUGGGUUGUGGAGGAUGAUGACGAUAAUGGUGACUGUAAAUCCAAGAAGAACAAGAAGAAGAAGAAGAAGACUGUGAAUAUGAUAACGGAGCUGUUCACUUCCGGGAGCUUGAAGCAGUAUCGAAAGAAGCACACCCAUGUUGAGAUCAAGGCCAUCAAGAAAUGGGCGCGUCAGAUUCUCAAGGGGCUGAGCUAUCUGCACUGUCAUGACCCUCCGAUUGUUCAUAGGGAUUUGAAGUGUGACAAUGUGUUCAUUAAUGGGUUUAAUGGGGAAGUGAAGAUUGGAGAUCUGGGGUUUGCGUUGGUGAUGCAGCAGCCUACUACUGAGUUUAGAGUGAUUGGCACGCCGGAGUUUAUAGCGCCGGAGAUGUAUGACGAGGAGUAUAAUGAGUUGGUGGAUAUCUAUUCUUUUGGGUUGUGCUUGCUAGAAAUGGUGACUUGUGAGUACCCUUACAAGGAGUGUCGAAAUUCGGCUCAUAUUUACAAGAAGGUUAUCAAUGGUGUAAUGCCGGCUUCUCUGAAUAAAGUGAAGGAUCCUCAAGUGAAGCAGUUCAUUGAGAAGUGUCUAGUUCCUGCAUCGAUGAGAUUGUCUGCAAUGGAGCUCCUGAAAGAUCCAUUCCUUGCAGCUGAUGAUUCAAGGGUGCCUAAAUCUUUUCCCAUGGAAAUGGAUAGCAGAAGUGUCAAAGAGAGUUCCACAUCAUCUAGCUCUUCGAUUCUGGAGUGUCAGAGGUCCACAAAGAGUAAUGAAUUGACUUUAAGAGCAAAGCGGAAUUCUGAUAGUAGCAAUACUAUUGCUUUGACCUUGAGUGUUGCUGAUCCACGGGGUCGUCGUGGGAAGAAGACUAUUGAGUUUGAUUUCUAUCUUGAUUCCGAUACUGCUAUUUCGAUUGCUGGGGAGAUGGUUGAUCAGGAGCUUGGUCUUUCAACUGAAGAUGUGUCAGCCGUGGCUGAGUUGAUUGAUAAAUUGGUUAUGAAGCUUGUGCCCAAGUGGAAACCUACUUCGUCUGUAGCAUAUUGCUCAUGUACCACUACUAGGUCAGAUGCUACAAAGUGUGGCUGUGGAGCUAAUUCCGGCGAUUCGUCAAAGAACUCUACUAUCUCAAGCAUGGAGAUAUGGAAAAGCUUUAGCACGUCAAGCAUUUGUUCCUUGCAGUCUGAGUCAUCUCCAAUGGACAAACAUCGGUAUGAUCACUUAAAAGCGGAGCUUGACUUGAUUGAUGCACAGUAUCAACAACGUUUUGUUGAGCUGGUGAAGAUGAAGGAAGAAGCGAUCCGAAGUGCAAAGAAGAAGUUGGUUGGUGUAGUCUAGCAUCCAUUCGCAGAUUGGCAGCAUUUAGAAAUGUGAUGAUAUAACAUUCACUUCGAUCAUCCUCUUUGUAAUAACUUUGUGUACUUUAAUUUCUAGUCUAGUUUAGAAAUUUUCAUAACAAAAUGGGGUAUAGGAUCGAUCAAUCCCCUGUUGGAUACCGAUGCUGUUUUGAUUGAUUGUUUUAAUCUUGGAAGCCUUAUGUGUGUCUUUUUGGAGCAAUUUCGAGA